AUGUUAAGAACAAAUGGAGGACAUAUGGCGGCAUACAUGCUAAAAGAGACACUAGCAAAAGGGCUUCAAGAGAAUGACAUUGUAGUCAAGAAAGAUACUAGCACAAGAAUCAUACACAUUAUGGGAAUGGAUGGUAUAACAACAAAAGAAGUCAUCGAAGCAGUUAAAACAGUGCUAAAUACCAAGAAGAGUUUUAUCGUCAGAUUCUUAGACCAGUAUAUACCGAAACACAAAACACUACUACAGAAGUGCGACAGGAGGAGUAUCCAAGAAACAAUAAAUCCGAAAAGAUGGUUUAAAUGCGAAGAACUCGACUAUAACACCAGGGAUUGCAAAGGGCCAAAUAGAGCGAGAAACUGCCUUAGAUGUUGGGAAACUGGACACAUUUCCAAAGAUUGCAAAGGAGAGGAAUAUUGCUACUCCUGCAAAAAGAAGAACAUCGAAUAG